AGUAUGUGAUUGCAACAAACACUAUCGUUCGUUGAAGUCUAGCGUCACCAGUGUGUGUGUUUUUACAAGUAUAUUUACACGAUUUCUUUUUUCUGACUCAGUCUGUGUUGUUGAUAUAAAAUAUUUAUUUUUUACAUCAAUAUAAUGUGGUUGCAUUGCGUAAAUAUAAAUAUCUGUUAGCUUGUUACACCUUAAAACGGCGAGAAGGACGAUUAACAGAAAAAGAAAAAUCUUACUCGUUGGUAAAAAAAUAAGAUCAUAAUGGGUUUCAAUUUUUCAUUCAAAGCAAAAGUAGAUACCAAGAAGGGUUUAAAAAUGAAGGGUGAUGCAGCGGUCGAAGGUGUUACAGCAAAUGGACAUGUAGGUACAUUGUCAAAAUUUGAAGAAGAAGUCUUACAAGCGCACAACGAAUGUCGUCGAAAACACAACGUUCCACCAGCCACGUGGUCGAAAACACUGGCAGCAAAUGCUCAGAAAUGGGCAAAUCAAGUUGCUAAGAAAGGACGCCUGGAACAUGCCCAUCCUAAUCAGAGAAAAGGCGAAGGGGAAAAUAUAGCAUGCGCAGGAGGUCAACCAUUGGACGGACGCAAAGCUACCAUGAUGUGGUAUGAUGAAAUUAAAGAUUAUGAUUUUACAUCCAAACCGACUUACAAUCCGAACUGUGGCCACUUUACGCAGGUGGUCUGGGCGUCAUCAACCGAAAUAGGUGCAGGUAUCGCCACAUCCAAAAAAGGAAUGCAUUUCGUUGUUGCAAGGUACUCGCCAGGAGGAAACAAUUUAAACCUUUUUGAAGACAACAUCAAACCGCCUCAGCAAUCUGAAGAAGAUGAAUCAAAACAACCUUGUAUUGAUGAGGAGUGUAUUGCACCAGUAUCGCAAGAUCAAGUUCACGAAUCUCCAAACGUCGAUUUAGACAACUUAAGUGCAGAAGUUAGCAAGUUGCCACCUCCAAAGCCAUUCAUCGUAUUUCCUGGGACGAAAGAAAGAUCAAAUCUCGAGUUUGAAAUGAAACAAGUACGACCAAACGAACCAAGCGAAUUUAAAGAAGCGGAAACAGUUGAAGUCACAAUACGAACACAACCAAUAAAAGAUGCAUAUUACCAUGGACGAUCAGAACAUUACAUUCAACCAGGAAAGUCGUAUCAAAUCGUACAUUACACUUACUAGAGACUUGAAGAAGUCACGUGAUAUUAUGAACAAUGACAUUUCAACGCGUUUAAACUUCAAUUUCGUCAUAUUGACGGUUCUUUGUUUCUUAUCAAAAGUAUCUGGGCCAGCUUUACGAUAUAAUCUGACCCAAAGAUAUUUAUUUCUAGACAUUAUACACACUUUUCUAUAAAAUACCAAAAUUCUAACCGGGGUAA